AAUGAACAUAUUGUUUGUGGUAUUGGGCACAACGACUCCCACAAUGCACUAAACUGUGGUAGAUUAUUUUAUUGCCUCAUAGUGCCUGUCGUUUGUUGUACUGUGGAUUGUAGAAGGGGUCGAAGCAGCCACAGAACAGCUAGCUUGCUCUCGCCAUGGUGAUGAAGUCAUCGAUGGAGGAGGAUGAAGCUGGCUGGGGACUGGGUAUCCCAGAAAAAAUGAAGAAUAAUGCAAACUGGGUGGACAUCACUCAGGACUUCAAAGGGACCUGCAAAGAGCUCAAUCUCGGGGAGCUUCUUCACGACAAACUCUUCGGCCUCUUUGAAGCCAUGUCCGCCAUUGAGAUGAUGGAUCCCAAGAUGGACGCCGGCAUGAUUGGGAACCAGGUCAACAGGAAGGUCCUGAACUUUGAGCAAGCAGUCAAGGAUGGAGCCAUCCGAGUGAGCGACUUGAGUCUGCCCGAACUCAUCGGGAUUAUGGACACCUGCUUCUGUUGUCUGAUCACAUGGCUGGAGGGUCACUCCCUGGCACAGACGGUGUUCACCUGCCUGUAUGUCCACAACCCCGACCUCAUCCAGGAUUCGGCCAUGAAGGCUUUCGCUCUGGGUAUCUUGAAGGUCUGCGACAUUGCCCGUGAGAAGGUCAACAAGGCUGCCGUGUUUGAGGAGGAGGAUUUCCAGGCAAUGACGUAUGGUUUUAAAAUGGCGAACAAUGUGACUGACCUACGAGUAACAGGCAUGCUGAAGGAUGUAGAAGACGACCUGCAGAGGAGAGUGAAGAGCACACGCAUCCGCCAAGGCGAGCAGAGGGACCCGGAGGUGGAGUUGGAACACCAGCAGUGCCUGGCUCUGUUCAGCAGAAUCAAGUUCACACGGCUGCUACUCACUGGGCUGAUCGCCUUUACAAAGAAAGAGACCAGCUCCGUGAGCGAGGCCCAGAAGCUGAUGUCCCAGGCAGCCGACCUGCUCCCCGCGAUCCACUCCACCCUUCACCAUGGAGUCCAGUCGCAGAACGACACUACCAAAGGAGAUCAUCCCAUAAUGAUGGGUUUCGAGCCACUGGUGAACCAGAGGCUGCUGCCCCCCACAUUUCCCCGUUACGCCAAGAUUAUCAAGAGAGAGGAGAUGGUCAACUACUUCAGCAAGCUGAUCGACCGCAUCAAGACCGUGUGUGAGGUCAUCAACACCACCAACCUGCAUGGGAUUCUGGAUUUCUUCUGUGAGUUCAGUGAGCAGUCGCCCUGCGUCCUGUCCAGGUCUCUCCUCCAGACCACGUUCCUGAUUGAUAAUAAGAAAGUGUUUGGGACGCAUUUAAUGCAGGAUAUGAUGAAGGAUGCCCUGAGGAGCUUCGUAAGCCCCCCCGUGCUCUCCCCAAAGUGCUGUCUGUACAACAACCCCCAGGCCAAAGAUUACAUCGACUCCUUCGUCACUCACUGCUCCAGACCGUUCUGCAGCCUCAUCCAGAUCCACGGCCACAACCGCGCCCGGCAGCGGGACAAGCUGGGCCACAUCUUGGAGGAGUUUGCCACGCUGCAGGAUGAGGCCGAGAAGAUGGACGCUGCCCUGCACAGCAUGCUGGUGAAGCAGGAGCCCCAGAGACAGCACCUGGCUUGCCUGGGGACGUGGAUCCUGUACCACAACCUGCGCAUCAUGAUCCAGUACCUGCUGAGCGGCUUUGAGCUGGAGCUCUACAGCAUGCAUGAGUACUACUAUAUCUACUGGUACUUGUCGGAGUUCCUGUACGCCUGGCUCAUGUCCACACUGAGUCGAGCGGACAGCUCCCAGAUGGCGGAGGAGCGAAUCCUGGAGGAACAGCAGAAGGGCCGUAGCAGCAAGAAGUCCAAGAAGAAGAAAAAAGCGCGUCCUUUGAGCCGCGAGAUCACAAUGAGCCAGGCGUAUCAGAACAUGUGUGCCGGCAUGUACAAGACGAUGAUCGCCCUGGACAUGGAUGGGAAGGUGCGCAAGCCCAAGUUCGAGCUGGACAGCGAGCAGGUCCGCUAUGAGCAUCGCUUUGCACCCUUCAACAGCGUGGUUACGCCCCCGCCAGUGCACUACAUACAGUUCAAGGAAAUGUCUGAUCUGAAGAAGUACAGCCCUGCUCUCCAAUCAGCAGACCUGUACAUGGCGGCCAGUAAACACUUCCAGCAGGCCAGGCUGAUCCUGGAGAACCUGCCCAGCCCUGACCCGGAGGUGAACAGAAUUCUCAAAGUAGCUAAACCCAACAUCGUGGUAAUGAAACUGCUAGCAGGGGGACACAAAAAGGACGCCAAGGCCCUGCCAGAGUUCGACUUCUCAGCGCACAAAUACUUCCCAGUGGUGAAGAUCAUCUGAAGUGCGGAGGGGGAUGUCGGUCCUGCUGGUUCCAGUGCCCCUCCCCCACCCUACCCCCCCCCCCUGCAGAGGAGUGGAAAUGUACCCAGGGUACCUGACCCGUACUCUGUUCCAGUCAUCUUUGGUUACUGGAUUUCCCCUCACACCAGUGUACUGUCCAGUGAGACGCUCUACAUCACUUAGCUGCGAGUGCGAGGCAGACCAAUAAAAUGUGAUGAAACCAA